CUUCCUGUCCCGCAGGGACGCGGCAUCUUGAGCAGUUUUCCGUUUUUGGAGGAGUUUUGCAGUGAUUCAACAGGCGACUCGGCCCGGACUGUGUAUCAACUAACUUCCAGAGGUUGAUCCAGCUCUCGUAGACAUGGCAACAACAGGCAGCAUGGAAGGUUUGGAUGACGUUAUGAGAGGAUUAGCAGGGGGUUCUGCCAACACCGUUUCCUCCUCGCAAGGAGGAUCAGCAGGGGAAAGCUGUGAGGAGUCUGGAACCGGGAGGCAGGACAAAGGUGUGAAAGUGUUCAGAUGUGAGGAGUGUGCCAAGCAGUUCAGGUAUCUUAGUGAUCUGAAGAUUCACAUGCGUACUCACACUGGUGAGAAACCCUACAGGUGUGAGGAGUGCGGUAGGCAGUUCAGUCGGCUGGGUGAUGUGAAGAGACACAUUCAGACCCACACAGGUGAGAAACCCUACAGGUGUGAGGAGUGCAGCAGGCAGUUCAGUCGGCUGGGUCAUCUGAAGACUCACAUGCGGACUCACACAGGGGAGAAACCCUACAGGUGUGAGGAGUGUGGCGGCCAGUUCAGUUCGCUUGGUCAUCUAAAGACCCACAUUCGGACUCACACUAGAGAGAAACCCUACAGGUGUGAGGAGUGUGGCAAGCAGUUCAGUCGGCUGGGUGAUCUGAAGACUCACAUGCGGACUCACACUGGAGAGAAACCCUACAGGUGUGAGGAUUGUGGCAGGCAGUUCAGUCAGCUGUGUAAUCUGAACACUCACAUGCGGACUCACACAGGAGAAAAACCGUACAGUUGUGAGGAGUGCGGCAGGCAGUUCAGUAAACUGAGUGAUAUGAAGAAGCACAUCCGAACUCACACCGGAGAGAAACCCUACAAGUGUGAGGAGUGCGGCAGGCAGUUCAGUCAGCAAGGUAGUCUGAAGAGACACAUGCGGACUCACACUGGGGAGAAACCCUACAUGUGUGAGGAGUGUGGCAAGCAGUUCAGUCAGCUGGGUAGUAUGAAGAUACGCAUGCGAACUCACACUGGUGAGAAACCCUACAGGUGUGAGGAAUGCAGCAGACAAUUUAUUGAGCUCGGAAAUCUAAAGAAACACAUGCAGACCCACACAGGGGACAAACCCUACAGAUGUGAGGAGUGCGGCAAGCAGUUCAGUCAGUUGUGUAAUCUCAAGACUCACCUGCGGACUCACACAGGUGAGAAACCCUACAGGUGUAAGAAGUGCAACAGGCAGUUCAGUCAGCUGUGUGACCUAAAGAUCCACACGCGGACUCAUACUGGGGAAAAACCCUACAAGUGUGAGGAAUGCAACAGGCAGUUCAGUCGACUGGGUAGUCUGAAGAUUCACAUGCGGACUCACACAGGUGAGAAACCCUACAGGUGUGAGGAGUGCAGCAGGCAGUUCAGUCACCUGGGUCAUCUGAAGAGACACAUGCGGACUCACACAGGUGAGAAACCCUACAUGUGUGAGAAAUGCAACAGGCAGUUCAGUCAGCUGGAUAGUUUAAAGAUUCACAUACGGACUCACACAGGUGAGAAACCUUACAGAUGUGAUGUGUGCAGCAGGCAGUUCAGAGAGUUUGGUCAUCUCAAGGCUCACAUGCGGACUCACACAGGUGAGAAACCUUACAGGUGUGAGGAGUGCAGCAGGCAGUUCAGUCAGCUGGAUCAUUUGAAGACACACAUGCGGACUCACACAGGUGAGAAACCUUACAGGUGUGAGGAAUGCAGCAGGCAGUUUCGUGUCUUGGGUAGUCUUAAGAGACACAUGCGGACUCACACAGGUGAGAAACCCUUCAAGUGUGAGGAGUGCAGCAAGCAGUUCAGAGAGUUUGGUCAUCUCAAGGCACACAUGCGGACUCACACAGGUGAGAAACCCUAC